UAGAGUUAGAGGUGGUAAUGGUUGCAAAGUUGGAGACGACAAUGGUAGCUUGAUGUUGAUGUGGGAAGAUGGGUUUUGCAAAGGAAGAAUUGCAGAUUGUUUGGAAGAAAUUGAUGGAGGUGAAGAUCUUGUCAAGAAAGCCUUCAGCAAAAUGUCCAUUCAGUUAUAUAAUUAUGGAGAAGGGUUGAUGGGGAAGGUAGCUUCUGAUAAGUGUCAUAAAUGGGUCUUCAAAGAACCAACUGAAUGUGAACCAAAUGUCUCCAACUACUGGCAGAGCUCUUUUGAUGCUCUUCCCUCUGAAUGGACUGAUCAGUUUGAGUCAGGCAUUCAGACCAUAGCUGUAAUUCAAGCUGGCCAUGGCCUUCUUCAAUUGGGUUCUUGCAAGAUUAUACCAGAAGACCUCCAUUUUGUGCUGAGAAUGAGGCAUACUUUUGAAUCGCUUGGCUACCAAUCUGGCUUCUACUUGUCCCAACUAUUCUCUUCCACCAGAAACACAAACUCUUCUUCACCCUCACUUCCUUCAAAACAACCCCCCAUUCUCACCCGCCCUCCACCGCCCCUCUUUAACUGGGGCCAAAGGCCUCUUCCCUCCACCACUUCACUCCUCGUGUCUCCCAAUUUCCCAAACCCCACUGCGAGGCUUGGAUUUCCAAACUCCAAAGACGAAACCCAUAUGUUUCUCCAUCCUCAUUCAUCUGAAACACGAAUGGAGGACAUGAUGGGUGAUCAUGAAACCGACAUCAAGUGGCCCAAUGGGUUGAGCUUCUUUAAUGCCCUCACGGGGCGAGCAGAUGAUGCCAAGCUUCUGUUUGCCCCAGAGGGGAUGGAAAACAAGCCCAACCAGAUGGCAAAUUCUAACUCAGAGGCUGUGACGCAUCCUAAUGAGUUAUUGAGUUUGGAUAGCCAUUCAGAGAGCGUGAGGAAGAUGGAGAACAAGUUCAAGAGAAGCUUUACAUUGCCUGCAAGAAUGGCCUCAUCGUCUUCAUCGAAUUCGCAUGAUCACCAUUCACACAAUCCUAUGGAGUAUAAGAACUCUGAAGGGGGGAUGUACUCUGAUGUGAUGGACAGCUUCUUAGGGUGAUUUUUCACGAGGUCUAUUAUAUAUUUUAGAGGAUCAAAGGGUGAGAAGUUGUAUCUAGGUUUUGCUAGCUAGCUCUCUUUUGCUGCUUUGUGUUUCUGUUUUUGUGAUGUUAUUUCAUAUCUUGUGUUUCUUUGUUCAAUUUACUGACAUUUUCCUUCUGUUGUAGACUUACAGUUUAUGCAAUCAAGAAAAUUUUCCUCAAAA